AUGUCUACCAACCGCCCAUUCCUAGCCAACUUUCUCGCCGCCUUUCGCGCGCAGUCUGCCUUCAAGGCAUCCGCGUCCUCGCCGUCCAGCAGCAGCGUGUCGUCGGCACAAAUCUCGUCGAGUACGCGCACAAUAGCCACCAAGGCCAACACCUCUCCAACAUCUCCCUCAACAAGCGCCAACCCAUCACCCCCCUCACCCUCACCAAACACUUCCCACCACCAUCAUCAUCACCACCACCACCACGCUUCCCCCAGACCACACUCCCAUAGCCGCUCAUCCCCCGACACACCACCACCACCAACCUCUCCAUCCACUGGCGCCUCGCCUCCCUCUGGUCCCAUCCCCAUCGUCUAUAACCACGACCGCCGACGGCGCGGCAGCGACAGCUCCAGCGGCUCCGGCGGCUUCCGCGACGCUUUGGGGCCUGAGAAGUGGUAUAUCGGCGGGCGCACGGCGACCGGCGAAGAGCGGUUUUAUCGGCUGGGGAUGGUGACCAAGGGCGGCGGACGACUGGGUGCGAGUGGACGGGUAGGCAGCGUUGAUCAGCUGAGCUUAUAA